AUGUUUCUCACAAGGACUGAGUAUGACCGAGGAGUCAACACCUUUUCUCCCGAAGGCCGUUUGUUUCAGGUUGAAUAUGCAAUCGAAGCAAUCAAGCUGGGAUCGACUGCGAUUGGGUUGAAGACCAAGGAGGGUGUUGUCCUUGCAGUUGAAAAGCGCAUCACUUCUCCUCUGCUGGAGCCUAGUAGUGUUGAGAAAAUUAUGGAAAUUGAUGACCACAUAGGUUGUGCUAUGAGUGGAUUGAUUGCUGAUGCUCGAACACUUGUUGAGCAUGCACGGGUGGAAACCCAGAAUCAUAGGUUCUCCUAUGGUGAGCCGAUGACUGUUGAGUCCACUACUCAAGCUCUGUGUGAUCUAGCCUUGCGUUUUGGUGAAGGUGAUGAAGAAUCCAUGUCAAGACCAUUUGGAGUAUCUCUCCUCAUUGCUGGACAUGACGAGAAUGGACCUUGCCUAUAUUACACCGAUCCAUCUGGCACAUUUUGGCAAUGCAAUGGAAAAGCCAUUGGUUCUGGUUCUGAAGGUGCGGACAGUUCUCUCCAAGAACAAUUCAACAAGGACCUAACCCUUCAAGAAGCCGAGACCAUUGCUUUAUCCAUUUUGAAGCAAGUUAUGGAAGAGAAGGUCACUCCCAACAACGUUGACAUUGCCAAGGUGGCUCCAACGUAUCAUCUUUAUACCCCCUCUGAGGUGGAAGCUGUGAUAAGUCGUCUAUGA